AUGGCUUCUACUUCCAAUACAAUAGUCCCCCGUCAAAUACGUCGUUCACGCAGGAGUUCACUUUUAGUGGAGAUACCAGCGUUGUCUUUUUAUUAUGACUGUGGAAAUUGUACCUGUGUAUGUGAGUAUUGUGGAGCUUAUUUUUGGUAUCAAGAGAGAGUAUUGUAUUUAUCCAGAGCCAAUCAUCCACAACAUACAAAAUGUUGUAAGUCGGGUAAUGUAGUUCUUCCUUACCCUCUUCAUCCGCCUGAUGUGCUUAUGCAAUUCUACGAAGAUGAUCACUUCAUGCGUAACAUAAGAGCAUAUAAUUCCAUGUUCUCUAUGACGUCUUUUGGUGCAAACGAAGACGACUCAAUCAACAAAGGUCGUGCACCAUAUGUGUUUAAGGUCGCUAAUAGACUUCGUUCUUUUCAUGAUGGGGAAGUACUUUUGUCUGCAGAAGUUGUAGAAUCCUUAAGUCAUAUGUUACGCACACAUAAUGAGUAUGUUCGUACAUUUAAGACUGCGAAAGAAAUAGCCCAGUCAAUGAAUUUAGAUUCAUAUGGUGUACGUUUAUUUAAUGUUGUACCUGACAGAAGAUAUGGUCCACCAGCCCCUGGAACUUUAGGUUGUAUUGUUUGUGGUGAUGAUGUUACUAACGCUGUCUAUGACAUUGUCGUCUAUUCAAAGUCUGGGUCACCUCGACGUGUCAGUAAGCUUCAUCCUACUUACAUGCCUUUGCAGUAUCCAUUACUGUUCCCGUAUGGUGAAGAAGGAUGGUCUCCUAGCUUGCAUCUACAUAUUAAGGCUAACAAAAGGUUAACAAAUAAUAUGUAUUAUAGUUAUCAAAUUAAUGAGCGACACACAUACUCUCUUAUUUUACGUGCACACCGUCUUUUCCACCAGUAUUUAGUAGAUGCAUAUACUUGCAUUGAACGAUCUAGGCUUGACUUUAUUGAACACCAUCAACAACAAUUACGAAUAGAGUACAUCAGCGGAGUUUAUGAGGCUUUGUCCAGAGGUGAUUCAGACAGUCAAGUCAUUGGAAAGCGUGUAUUUCUACCUGCAACUUUCGUUAGGGGACCUAGGUAUAUGUAUAAACACUAUCAAGACGCUCUUUCCAUAUGCAAGGUUCAUGGUAAGCCACAAUAUUUCAUCACUUUCACUUGCAAUGUUAAAUGGCCUGAGUAUAGAAGAUACAUGGAUGCUAUUGGUCAACGUGAUAUUCAAAACAGACCAGAUAUCAUUGCACGCAUCUUUAAAAUCAAAGUUCAUGCUUUCAUUAACUUCCUUAAAGAGGACAAAACUUUUGGAGAAUUUAGUGCAUAUCUUUACACAAUUGAAUUCCAAAAAAGGGGUUUACCACAUUGCCAUACAUUAUUAUGGGUAACGUCACCCUAUACAAUUCAAGAAGGUGCAGAUAUUGAUAAAUACAUAACCGCUGAGCUUCCUGAUCCGAUACUUGAACCAACACUAUAUAGGACUGUUACUACAUGCAUGCUACAUGGUCCUUGUGGUUCAUUAAAUAUUAGUGCCCCCUGUAUGGUAGAUGAUAGAUGUAAGAAACAAUUUCCAAAACCAUUCAACCCAUUAACAACUUUUGAUGCAAAUGGUUACGUGCAUUAUAAGAUACGUGUUGGAUCAUAUCAUGUCCUACAAAGUGGGAUUAGAACUAAUAAUGGCUAUGUAGUGCCAUACAAUAAACGUUUGUGUAGUCGAUUUGAUGCUCACAUCAAUGUUGAAUAUUGUGGUUGGAAUAUGAUGAUUAAGUACUUAUUUAAGUACAUAUCAAAGGGGGUUGAUCGCGUUCGUUUCACUCUUCAAACAUCAGAGGCAAAUACUCCUACUACUUCCUCUACCAUACCUGUCACUGUAAAUGAAAUCAAGUCAUUUCUUGAUGGUCGGUACAUAUGUCCACACGAAGCAGCAUGA